UCUGGGACUUCCACGCAGCCAUGGCCACCGCGGGCCCCGGGGCCACGCCGGUGACGGAGCCCUCACCAAACAGCCUCGGGCGCGCAGCGGAGGAUGACGGACGAGGGUGAACGCCACUCACACUCAACAUGUGAAAAGCUCCGAGUUUUGAGGCGCGGACGUGAGAAAGAUGGAGCAUUUGUUCCGGAGGAGGAGGUUCAGGCUGCUGAAGCCGCUGCUGAGUUUGACUUUAGUCUGCGCGUCUUUCCUCAUGAUCCACAAGCUCAAGGUGGAGAAGGAGUCUCUGGAAGCCAAGCAGUACAGAGGGGCUGCUGUGUUCCGGUAUAAAACGCGAGCUGCGAAGGACAACUUUAUUGGGGCGAACUCGACCGCGCCGGUGGUGACGCCGCGCGCCGCGAACCGCACUGAGCACUGGGACACGCAGGUGAUCGACUGCAUCGAGAACUCCGCUCUGAAGAAGAAGUUCUGGUUCCGAAGACUGGACCCCAGGUUCCACCAGUUCCUCUUACACCGACACUGCAGGUACUUCCCGAUGCUUAUCAACCACCCGGAAAAGUGCAGCGGAGAGGUGCACCUCCUCGUGGUGGUCAAGUCCAUCAUCGAGCAGCACGACCGGCGGGAGGCGGUGCGUCGGACCUGGGGCAAGGAGCAGACGGUCGACGGGAAGAGAAUCCGAACCUUGUUCCUGCUGGGGACCCCAUCAUCUGGGAAAGACACCCGGAACCUGCAGAAACUGAUCGAGUACGAGAACCGGAUCUACGGCGACAUCCUGCAGUGGGACUUCAUGGACACCUUCUUUAAUUUGACCCUGAAGGAGGUCAACUUCCUCAAGUGGUUCGACAUCUACUGCCCGCACGUCCAGUUCAUUUUCAAAGGCGACGAUGACGUGUUUGUGAACACUCAAAACCUCCUGGAUCUCAUCGGAUUUAAGGUGGAAGAGGGCUCUCACGCCAACCUGUUCAUCGGGGACACCAUCACCAAGGCCAUCCCCAUCCGGAACCGCCAAAGUAAGUACUACAUUCCCAGAGAGCUCUACGAUAAGCCAUACCCUCCGUAUGUGGGAGGCGGGGGGUUCCUCAUGUCGGCGGAGCUGGCCCGGAGACUCUUCGUGGUCUCCCAGGACUUGGAGCUGUACCCCAUCGACGACGUCUUCCUGGGGAUGUGUCUGCAGAAGCUGAAGCUGGCUCCGGAGAUGCACCCGGGCUUCAGGACUUUUGGAAUCAUCAGACAGAAGCUGAGCUCUUUGAACAAAGAGCCCUGCUUUUACAGGGACCUGAUCAUGGUCCACAAACUGGACUCCCAGGAGCUGCUCAGGAUGUGGAGCGUUGUGCACGAUGAGGGACUCGUGUGCGCAAAGAGACUUUGAUGGACAAUGAAAUCUCAAACAGGAGAGUAGACCUGAAAUGUGACUCCCUCAGAUCCCAGAGCUUCUGCCAUUCAAGGCUUCCUCCUUGGAAAUCUCCGAACUUUGAGCAACCGUUUUUUAGAGGACAUGCCAAGCUAACGUCAGGAGGACGGGCUGAAGAGAAACGAUUAAAAACACAUAACACCACAAUCAUAAAAUAGCGAUGAAGGGGUUGUUUCCUGGGCGCCUGUUUGGCAUUAGAUAAGAACGAUCAGUACAGAAUAACUGUCACUCAAGUACUACACUUUCAUCAAUUCAUAUGAACCCAAGUCCCUGAGACAUGUUGAAUUCAGCCUCUGUGAGGUUGAUGCUGAAAUAAAAAAUAA